UCCAAUGUUGGCUGAAAGUUUAGGAAAUCUGCCACCUAUUUUAUGUCAAGUGGGUAGUGGAGAAAGAUUUUUGGAUCAAGAUAUCUUAUUUAGCUUUAAAGCUUCUGAUCCGAAUAAAUAUCAAUUGCCUAAAUAUGCUACAAUGAAUUUCGCUAAUUCACCUUUCAAGAAACCUACCGAAGUCAUACUUGAAGUUUAUGAUGGAACAUGUCAUUGUUUUCAACAAAUGAUUCCUGAUAAAAUUUCCCAGUUCUCAAUAAACCGUUCUUGCGAUUUUAUUAAGGAACGCAUAAUUAAUGAAAACACUCAAAAUGAAAUAGAGAGUAAAGCUAUUAAAGCUAUUGCAAUUAACCCUAACUGUGAGACUAGAGAUUUAGAUAAAAAAUUUCUAGAAUGCUUAAAUUGGGAAAACAUUGGGAUAGUUCCAGAAUUAGAG